CGCCCUGCGCCUCCCGAGAAUCCAAAGUUGUACUACUUGGGUAACACACCACACCACACCACACCAGCCUCCUCGGAGAAAAUCUUACUCGCAUCGCAAGACAACUCCUCCUUCUACUACUCUUGCCCCAUCCCGCCGCCUCCGUCUUCCCUUGGUUUUGGUUGUUCGUUCCCCUCCUUGCUUCUCCGGGAGGGAAGGAAGCCGGCCUCCCACCCUUCGCAAAAGCCACGCGCCACCAACCUCCUUCCUUUCCCUUCCCUCCGCGCGUCGCUUUCGGCUUUUUGGGGCAACCGAAUCGGUGGGUCGGGCGGGGGGCGGGCCAUAAAAGCGCUGGGCCGGCGGUGAUGGGUGGCGGCAGAUCGGGCGCGAGGGAGGCCGAGGAGGGCGAUUGGGAGGUACGGCCUGGCGGGAUGCUGGUGCAGCGCAGGGACGGCGACGACGGCCCCGCCGUCAGGCUCAGGGUCUCCCACGGCCCCACGUUGCGCGACGUCCUCGUGCCGGCGCAGGCCACCUUCGGUGAACUGAAGAGGGUCCUUUCCCAAGCCACUGGCUUGGAGCCUGAGAGGCAGAGGCUCUUCUUCCGUGGGAAGGAGAAGAGUGAUGAUGACUUCCUGCACGCAGCAGGGGCCAAGGAUGGAUCAAAGCUGCUUCUGCUUGAGAAACAUAUCCCUGCCAAUGUGGAGCAGAAGGUCGAGCCAGUUAUGAUGGAUGAGAGCAUGAUGAGGGCUUGUGAGGCUGUUGUGCGUGUCAGAUCUGAAGUUGACAAGCUCUCUGCUAAGGUGUGUGAUUUGGAGAAGAGCGUGCUUGCAGGGAGAAAGGUUGAGGAUAAAGAAUUCGUUGUCUUGACGGAGCUGCUUAUGGUGCAGCUGCUGAAACUCGAUGGCAUAGAAGCAGAGGGAGAAGCAAGGGCACAGAGGAAGGCUGAGGUGCGCCGAGUUCAAAAUCUUGUUGAAACCUUGGACAAGCUGAAGGCAAGGAAUGCAAACCCUUUCAGUGAUAGCAACAAAUCUGUUUCCGUGACAACACAGUGGGAGACAUUCGACAACGGCAUGGGCAGCUUAAAUGCGCCACCACCGCGGUUUUCUUCUACUCAAAAUGACACUGACUGGGAGCAGUUCGACUAGCAUCAGAUUCUACUUUCUCAAUGUAUGGUAUAACUUGUGAGAUCGGUUCGUGUGAAGCCUUUUCACAGGCAUGAAGCUGUUGUGUACAUGUAUGAAGUUUGAUGUCUCUUGCUACAUCAUUGCCUGUGAGGUGUCACGAGACGAUUCAGGUGAAUUGUUUUGUUGCUAUGCUUUUAGGUUUUCAGUCUGCUGUUGCCAUGGCUACUCCAUUGCCUGACAAACUUUGCUCCGCUAAGAGUACCUUAAUUUCAAUCAUGUGCCACGCUUCGUGUUGUGCUUGUGUAAAAAUAUACAGAGACAGGCCUGAAGUCAUGCUAUGCUUCAGGACGACUAUGUUAGGCAAGAACCGAGUCGAGAUCUGCUUACAAAAGCCAACUAUGAAUCUCUUGUUUA